AUGUUGGUUUUACAAACACCAGCUCUGAAUAACGGGGACCAAGUACAAAAUAUGGUUGAAAAAUCUCAAACAAAAGAAAAUGAGAUAAGUUUUUUUGAUCGCUUCGGCCGAGGAGACGAAGAUCGAGCCAGAAAGCGAGCUCAGUUAGCUUCGGAAUAUGAAGAGUUCAAAAAGUGGGAGAAUGAAAAAUUUCAGAAUCGAUUCGCAGCUAAAAAGUCUUUAUCGUCAACGCUAACAGUCAAAACUUCGAACGAAACCCUCGCACCAAUUCCCAUUUUACUACCAGUUGAUCCAACAAAACAGUUGGAGCAUUCGGAACCCAAAAAAUCAGACGAAGGAGAUUACCUCAGAUUGGGAAACAGACUAGACGCUAAGCUUGAGGAAUUGACCCAAAAGAUAGAGAGUUUAACCAGCAGCUACAAACAUGAAAUGCAUGAUCUUCUAAUCAGAGGAGAAACAACUGACCCACAUAGAAAACAGAGUGAACAGGGAAAUCUGUUAAAGACUGCUGUCCCUGAUUCAAACUUUCUAACUGAUGAACAAAUGAAACUAUAUGAAUCUCAAUUGCAGGAUCGUCUUCGAGCGUUGCGAGAAGCUGAAGACCGGCUCCUGUCAAUCGAAAAGGAGUACAAGAGAGUCAGGGAUAACGACCAGACCACAACUCUCGCCGACCCAUUUACGAGUAAGCCAAUGAUCCCACGCGCGAACCUUGAAGUAUCAGAAUCCGCAAGGUCCCCAAUGGUAUUCGGGCGUGAAAAUAAUUUGGAACAAAACAAAUUGAAAUUUGAAGCUAAACAAAGGUAUCGACAGGAGCUCGAACAACAAAUUCUCGAAGCCCAACAGAAACGCAAAGCUGAGGUCGCACUUUCCAAGGCAACCAAACCGGAUACUCCGCUAGUCAGACCAGUCUCUCCUUUAUCCAAACUUAGCAGUGAUCCAACCGAAGCGUCGAUGCUCAAUGCAAAAACCGUGAUACCACCAGCUCCAACCUUAGAAGAACAGGAAUAUUUUCUGGCUGGUAAACGUGACUUACUUGCAGAUAACGGCCAAGCACCGACACAAUAUAAACCCUUGCUUCCAAGAACUGAUUCCCACUCAAAGGUGACCUCCUCCGACAAACUAAUUGUCGACCAGCGUGGAAAACCCGUGUCCAUAAAAGAUCAAGAAGCCAAGAAGGCCCAGUACGCCCAAGACCUCCGGCGACAAAUCGAAGAGGCGAAACUUAAAAAGGAACUUCAGAAAAAGCAAGACGAGGAAUAUGACAGGAAAAUGGAAGAAGAAUUUAGGCGAUAUCAUGCAUACAAUGCUCAACCGCAUCCGGCCAAUCUCGAAGAUAAUCGAGCUGUUGGUACGCAUAGCAUACAGUCACAACCGGGUGAUGUUGUCCUAGUCGGAAACGAAGAUGGUGGUUUUGCACGUGGUGGUCAUGGUGUCUUUGGAAGUCCACUCACAACAGAGCAGAAGAUGAACCUCCAGAAAUACAAAGAAGAUUUAGCCAAACAGAUUGAAGAUAAAAGGCGACGCCAAGAGGAAGCGCGCAGGAGGGAAGAAGAGCUUGAACUUCGUGAGACAGAGCGUGUUGCUGCUGAACAAGCUCGUAUGCAGCGCGAAUUCGAGGCAGAAAAGGCACGAAUCAGAGCUAGUCAACUGGAAAACGAAGAUCAUGCAGCUGCUCCGCGUUUGGACUUAGAACGGAAGCAGACAGUGACGAAAAACUAUCAACUUCCGCGUAGCCAACAUCAGCUCCGUCAGAAAACACAACAGCGGAAGCCAAAACCACAGAAGGCAGAAAGACCACAUUCAGGGAACCAAAAGCAAUCAGAAUGUGACUUGCUUAUUGGCCCUGACAUUGCGAUACAUAACUUAAAGAGGAGCUCUUUUUGUGCAGACAACAGUAGACAGAGUGAAAAAGAUCACUCGGUUCUUCAGCAACUUCGGGAUCUCCGAACUCAGUUGGAUACGGAAAAAAUGAGAAUCGAGGAAGCAUUGCGUAGACAUCAGACCUUAGAUAGAUACGGUCUAACAAGCGGUAAGCCUCAUCCCAGGGUGGUCAGAAGAGGCGAGACCUUAUUCACAGGGCCGUACUUGUUUGAACCGAAUUGCCGAUGGAAAUAUGGAAUCGGAACUGUUCGUGAAGUCAGUCCAUUUGGGAUGUGGGCCAAAAACGCCCUGCACGAAGACUCAUUGUUGCGUAUGGAUGCAAAACAAAUGGCGUUCUUAAAUGCACAGGACAACUACUUGCGAGAACUUAACGAUGAAUUGGAUGUCAUGACGAAGCGUGAACUAUUGAACGAUGCCAUUCUGGAAAGACAGAAUCUGCUUGGCGCAGACGAACCGGUCGGACAGCGGGCUGCUAUGGAGUUUCUGCUGGAUGAACCAACUAAAGAAAGCAAGCGACCAGCCUCUCCCUCACAAGGAUCAGUUGAUAUUGACGAGUUAAACGAAAAGAACCAACAGCGGCUUAAACGAUUGGAGGCUAUACAACUUUUAAAUGAUAUUGACACGGACCCAGAAGCAGUUUUACAGCGCUUUGUGACCAAACAUGAUGCGGUAUUUACACGGAAUACAGAAUGA